CUCACCCCCAGAAGCUCUUUUCUCUUCCUCGUUGGACGAAGGAACAUAAUUUGAACAACAACUUCGUCUGGGAAAAGAAAAGACCAAUAAAUUUCAGUACUUUUUCUUACCAUUUAAAAACAAAAAACAAAAAACAAAAAAUCCAAAAAACAAAAAAAACAAAAACAAAAAAAAAAUACAAAAACACCAGCCCCUGCAACCCAUUUGGAAGAUUUUGAGUGUACAAACAAAAAUCAUACAAAAUGAACGAUCUAUUCUCGAACUCGUUCAAGAAGUACACGGAUCUGAAGCAACAAGCAUAUCUGGACAGCAUGGAGGCUGGAAGUGAGAGUGUAAAUUUGGACAGAUUCUUUGAGGAUGUUGAAAAUGUUAAAGAUGACAUGAAACAAGUGGAGAAUUUGUACAAGAAAUUGCAGCAGGCUAAUGAGGAGUGUAAGGUUGUGCAUAAUGCCAAGACAAUGAAGGAGCUGAGGGGCCGAAUGGAGACUGACGUUGCUCAAGUUCUCAAGCGAGUCAAAUUGAUCAAAGGAAAACUCGAAGCUCUUGAGCGUUCUAAUGCCGCUCACCGUGGCCUCCCCGGUUGCGGCCCUGGCUCUUCUGCUGACCGAACUCGAACCUCUGUUGUCAGCGGCUUGGGAAAGAAGCUCAAAGAUGUUAUGGAUGAUUUUCAAGGCCUUAGAGCUCGAAUGAAUGCCGAGUAUAAAGAAACCGUCGAGCGAAGGUACUUCACUGUGACAGGGCAGAAAGCAAAUGAAGAAACAAUAGAGAAUUUAAUAUCAAGUGGGGAAAGUGAGAGCUUUCUACAGAAGGCAAUUCAAGAACAGGGUAGAGGUCAAAUAAUGGACACAAUUUCAGAGAUUCAAGAACGACAUGACGCUGUGAAGGAAAUAGAGAAGAAUUUGAUAGAGCUGCAUCAGAUUUUCUUGGACAUGGCAGCUUUAGUUGAAGCUCAAGGCCACCAACUGAACGACAUUGAAAGCCAUGUCGCGCAUGCUAACUCGUUUGUUAGAAGAGGAACAGAGCAACUCCAAGAAGCCAGAGAGUAUCAAAAGAGCUCAAGGAAAUGGACUUGCUAUGCCAUACUUUUGGGAGCUAUUCUUAUUAUCAUUCUUCUCUUCCCACUAUUAACUUCAAUUUUACCUCAUUUGUUGUAGAGAGGUUAUUGAUUUGCUUCUGAUUUUCCACUGCCACUCACUCAAGAAACAAAAAAAACCAAACAAAACAAAACAAAACUUCGAGUAGAAAAGCAGAGGAUUAUUAGGACUGAGAGAAUUUGUUUGAUUCAUUUUUUCUGUCAUUUAAUGUGGCGUUUUCUGAGGAUGUGUUGGUUGGUACAUAGCUGUAAAUGUGUUUUUAGAGAGAAUUUGGUUUCAUUUGGAUUAUCCACUUCCAAUUUGGACGUCCUCUUAGUUCCACAAAACAAAAUGUAUAGCCAAAGAUCCAUUAUAUUCCAAUUUCAUCAUUUCAUUUUUAUUU